GGCUCCCUCAGAGGGCCCCGCCAUGCCGCUGCGGCCGCGGCUGCUCCGCACCUACUCGCGGCGCGCAGGCUACCUGCGCCCGCUGCCGCCGCCCGACCGAUGGAUCUCGCCGCCGCAGGACCGCAAGCGCCUCUUCAGCUCGACCUCCGCCGCCUCCAGCGCCGCGUCCAGCGCCGGCUCCAGCGCCCUGUCCGCUUCCAGAACCGGCUCCACCCCGUCGGACGACCCCGACUUCUCGCCGCCCGACAAGCGCCGGUCGCAGGCUCUGGGUAAGCGCCGUGACUGGGCCAGGCGGCUGCGGACCCGCGUGAAGGAGAAUCGGGGGCUGGCCGGGAAGGAGAACCAGGAACCGGCCGGGAAGGAGAAUCGGAAACCGGAGAACCGGGGGCGGGCGCAGGAGACCAGGGGCCGGGGAAAGGAGAACCGGGAACCGGCGGGGAAGAAGAAAUGGAACCAGGGGAAGAAGAGGAGAGAGGAGCCCCGGGUGUCGCCGCCGUCGCUGUCCUCGUCCUCACCGUGCCCGUCCCCGCCGCGCGGUUUGCGACGCCGCCGGCAGGGCCCGUCGUGCGCGGCGCGGCGGCCGCUGCUGUGCAGCACCCCGCACUGGGCCCCGCCGCCCCGCCGCGCCCGCAGGCCGCUGCUCCCGCUCAGCUCCACCGCCGACAGCAGCUCGGCGUUCGGGGACAGCCCCCCGGCCCCCCGCCGCCGCCCGCCCUUGCGCCUCAGCUCGCUCCUGCUCAGCACCACCAUCGAGGGCGGCUCGGGGCUGGGCGAGUCCCUCUCGCCGCAGCGGCUGCCCCACAGCUCGCCCGAGGAGCGCUCCGGGCAGCGGCUGUCGCUGCUGGGCGCCGGCGAGGAGGUGCCUGAGUGGUUCCGACCGAAAGGCUCGGCUGGGAGCUGUGAGCUCGAGCCGGGGCUGCGGGGGUCCGGCCGUGUUCUGAGGUCGGCGGUGCAGGAACCCUGCCGGGCACAAACUUCCCCGUCCCCAACCACUCCCCAGGAAGCGCUGCCACCCCUUGAGGGUGAGCCACAGCCCCCUCUGCCCUGUGACAGUGGCUCUUGUGAGGAACCCUGUAAGGUUCUAUCUCAUCUCAAAAGAGAUUCGGCAAAAAGAAGCUCGAGCUGUCACCAAGAUCUAGCCAAGAAGUUCCAGCUUGUGCCAGUGGUGGUCCUGGACCCUCUGGAAGUGUCACUAAGAUUGAAGAACGUGAAACUCAACAAGCAGGCUGAUGUUCAACCUGCCUGCCUGCAGCCAGGAUCUCCCAUGGGUUGCCAAGGAAUCUUGGAGAGCAAACACAAAAGGACCAAGGGUGUCCCUGGGGAGGGCAGCACCUGCAGGAAAGCUUGUAUCAGUGGCUUCAGCGCCAGCCGCUGGGGCAGGCACACCAGGUUCCGGCCAAAAAGGCACAAGAAGAGACAGCAGCCCAAUAACUCCUUUAUUGGACUCCGGACUAGGCAAAAACAAACUCAGAAGGGAGCUCUGGAGAUGUCUAUAGGUGUCAGAGACAAUGACUAUUCACUCCUCAAUAGCUCUUAUUCCUGGGCUAGAGUUCGAGCGUCUCUGUCCUUCCAUAAAAAGAAAAAAGUGACCACAGAUGAGAGUUUCUGCAGCAGCAUCCUCUGCACCCCUUCAGGGAAAUCCCAGUUUUUGGGACAAGCCAGCCUGUCUGCUGGUAAAGCUCAGGGCUGCUCCUCAUUGGUUUCCUCCAUGGUCCUGCUGGCUCCCAGGGAUUCCUCUGUCCUGGAGCUGCUGCUUACAGAUGCAGAGAAGGUGUUUGGAGAAUGCAACCAGGAGGGGCCUAUUGCUUUUGAGGAAUGCAUUCCUUUAAAUAAGAUGAAAGAUUGCAAGAAAAUUGGAGAAGGGGUGUUUGGAGAGGUGUUCCAGAUUGACAGUGAGAGAGGACCUGUGGCCUUAAAAAUAAUUCCCAUUGAGGGGACUAAAAAAAUAAAUGGUGAAGCUCAGAAGAGCUUUGGGGAGAUUCUGCCUGAGGUAAUAAUUUCAAAAGAGCUCAGUCUUCUGUCUGAGGGCUGUGUGAACCGAACCAUGGGGUUCAUCAGCCUGUACUCUGUGCACUGUGUCCAAGGGACCUAUCCCAGGUAUCUUCUGGAAGCCUGGGACAAAUUCCACAAAGAAAGAGGCUCAGAAAAUGACCGGCCAGACUUUUUUGGGGCCCAGCAGCUCUUCAUGGUGCUGGAGUUUGAAUUUGGAGGCAGGGACUUGGAGUGCAUGAGGAGCAGCUUCUCCUCGGUGGCAUCAGCCAGGAGCAUUUUGCACCAGGUCACAGCGUCCCUGGCAGUGGCAGAGCAGGAGCUGCACUUUGAGCACAGGGACCUGCACUGGGGGAAUGUGCUGGUCAUAAGAACAGACAUGAAAGAGCUUCAGUAUGUGCUGAAUGGAGAAACACACUCCAUCCCCACAGCUGGGAUCCAUGUCAACAUCAUCGACUACACCCUGUCCCGGCUGGAGAAGGAUGGGCUGACCGUGUUCUGUGACCUCUCCACAGACGAGGAGCUCUUCCAAGGCACUGGGGACCACCAGUUUGACAUCUACAGGCAGAUGAAAGAGGAGAACUCCAACAGCUGGACUGACUACAACCCACACAGCAACGUCCUCUGGCUGCACUACCUGGCUGAUAAACUUUUGAAAUCCAUGAACUACAAGAAGAAGGCAUCAACUCCUGCCCUGAAGAAAAUCAAGAUGCAGCUCAGCAAGUUCCACAAGGAAGUGCUGACCUUUGGGUCUGCCCAUGAUGUUCUGCGCCACAGCAGCCUCUUCCAGUGAGCAGCAAGCCACUGGUGCUGCCUUUCUCCUCUGCUUUUUGUAUGUGUUGGCACAAUGAAGUGUUUUGAUUGGUUCCCAGUGUGUUUAAUACAUUAUCAAAAAUAUCCUAAAAAAUCCCCCCCUGGUGUCUUCAGCUCUGUUUCCUCAGCUACUGGUUCUGGGGGAUGUUGCAGGGAAGAAAACAGAGCUGACCUUGGAAAAGGAGGGGGAAAAAGACUUCUUCAGGCUCAGUUAAUGCCCUGAAUUUCACAUACAUUUUUUUACCAUUUUAGCCUUAGAUUAUUAAAAGUUCUUUUCUUACUGUAUUGUCUUUUUUACAGAUUCUUUUUUAAAAGGUAAUAACCCUUCAGUUCUGGACAGUGAGGACAAGAGUUAAAUAUUGUUGGCUCAUUGGAGACAGAGGGGAAAACCCAUCCUUUUAUUUAAUUUUGGCAACAUUUAUACCUGGAAUGAAGGUACAAAAUGUAAACAUGUGAAGUUUCUGUAAAGGGUUUUAAACCCACUAAUCUGUUUGGUUUUUUUUUUUUUUUCCUCCCUCUCUUAAGGACCAAGGAAGAGGUACCUGAUUGUGAAAAAAAUGACAAAGCACCUGUGUUUCUGAUUUUUGAUGGUUAUAAUGCUGUGGCCUUAUACACUGAUAGGAACUCAAAUCUGUAACCUGGUGGUAGCACUGAAGCCAUUUCUUCAUUUAUCUACACAGGAAAAUGUCCAAGGUAAUAAAUGUUCUUUAGCCCUGACUGCAGAUGGACCAGGUGUCCUAAACUGGAAGCUCUCCUUACAUUAAAUCCCAAUUCCCUGUUUUCAAGAAGUCCUUUGCUAACAUUCCUGUUUAUUAAAUAAACUGGGCUAAAGAGAACAAUAAAUCAAACUAAAGUGAAAAGUGAAUUAAAUUAUGAUCCAAUGACACAUGCAUUAAGAAAUUAAGAGACAGCAUCAUCAAAUUCAUUAUAACUGGAAUGCUCUCUAUGCAGUCUAAUAAAUAAAUGUUUUAUCUAUGAAUCUCAAAGAUUCAUCUUGGA